AGAGGGCGCGCGGAGCGGGAACCAAUGGAGGAGGGGCGAGCGGAAGAGAGGGAGAAUGCCGAAGAGUCUGAAGCUCCAGGGGAACUAGGGGUUGAAAUAUCUGCAGAGCGUCAUCAGCGACCUCUCGGAUUGCCCACUCAAGCCUUUCCCACAAUCUUUGGGAGCCACCCCUGUCAUUUCUAGAGAGAAGCUUCAGGGGAUGCCUUUCUGAUAAUAGCAUCAAAGAAGGACCAAAGGAAAAGGACGUUUCUCGAAAGGCCACUGGCACCACAUCUUUAAAAUGACCCAUUUCAGGGAUCCCAGGAAAUACAAAACUGCACUGAGGCCGGAAGUACAUUUGCCCCUAUAAACUAUGGCAGAAAGCUUGCUCGUCUCCAAGGGAACAACACGUAAUUAAGCUUUGGAAUUAUUUUGCGCACGCGCAGAAGCACACGCCACCGGAAGUUACCGGGCCCCUACCAAAGCGGCUGGUUUAGCGUGCGUGCGCGGUAGGUUCUUCCUCCGCUGUGUUGUGGAAAUGGUGGAGAAGAAAACUUCGGGUUUCUUCUAUUACUCAGUCCGGCCUCAACUUGGACUUACUUUCCUCUGGAACGUCUUUCUGACUACCCCAAGUCCAGUUCGCUCCCAGGACCCUGGACAGCGGCGGGUCCUGGACAGGGCUGCCCGGCAGCGCCGCAUCAACAGGCAGCUUGAGGCCUUGGAGAAUGACAACUUCCAGGAUGAUCCCCACGCCGGACUCCCCCAGCUUGGCAAAAGACUGCCUCAAUUUGAUGAUGAUGCAGACACUGGAAAGAAAAAGAAGAAAACUCGAGGUGAUCAUUUUAAACUUCGCUUCCGGAAAAAUUUCCAGGCAUUGUUGGAGGAGCAGAACCUGAGUGUGGCCGAGGGCCCCAACUACCUGACAGCUUGUGCGGGACCCCCAUCCCGGCCCCAGCGCCCCUUCUGUGCUGUAUGCGGCUUCCCCUCUCCGUACACCUGUGUCAGCUGUGGCGCCCGGUACUGCACCGUGCGCUGUCUGGGCACUCACCAGGAGACCAGGUGCUUGAAGUGGACCGUGUGACCAUGGAUAUCCCUGGAGAGGAAGGCCCUCCGUGCAUCAUCACCCUGGCCUUGGAGAGGACAUCAAAAGGAAAGGUGCUCCCCUGGACCAAGAGAAGAACUGUUCACUCACCCAACAAACCUCAUGUCUUAUCCCCCAGGGAAGACCAGUCUUACCCCCAGGCAUGUGGCAGGAAAGCGGGCCAGCCCUCAGGGUACUGUCCACUGUCUCGUGUCGGGAGACACCUGCCUUCUGGUCAUACGGUGUUUUGGGGAUGAGGGUGAUUGGUCAUGUCUUUCUCCUCCCCAUUUGGGGGGACUUUCUUGGGGCUGGCCCAAAUGUUCUGGUGUCUUCCUGAAGAACUGCUUGCUCUUUCUCUGGAGACUUACAGUUGGGAAAGUGGCGUUGGUGACAGCUUUGUGUUGAGUGGUGGUGAGAACGGGGCUUACAGACAGUCUCAAGUGUGGUGGUUUUAAAAGAUGGCUGAAGGCUCUAGCUAGUGUGGCUCGGUGGAUUGAGAGCUGGCCUGCAAACUAAAGGGUCGCUGGUUCGAUUCCCAGUCAGGGCACAUGCUUGGGUUGGAGUCUAGGUCCCCAGUAGUGGGCGUGCAAGAGACAAACACACAUUGAUAUUUCCCUCCCUUCCCCUCUCUCUAAAAAUAAAUGAAAUCUUAAAAGAUGGCUGUA